AGUUGCCGGCCGGGAUCGCUGGUUCCUCCCGGGCGGUAGUUGGGGCUGUUCUGGGGGUCCCCCUCACCCCCAAGUUUGUUCAUUGACAAGGCUGGCGCCUCCCCCCAGACGACAGCUGCGGGAGCCUGCUGACCGCUAAUGGUGUUUUAAAGUGAGAGGGGGCUGGCUGUCUGCCUCCUCCCAACAGCCUGCAAUGAAGUUGCUCUUUCUCGCCAGCCUGAGUCCCCGGACUGGCAACAUGACGACGGCUCGGAGGAUCUGCGACUAUAUACAGGAGGGCGGCCAUCUGUGUACACUGAGAGACAUAGGUGAUUUUAAAUCGUCCUCUGAAGUUGCAGACUUAAUCUCUGAGGAUAAGUUUGAUGCAGCGCUGAUAAUUCAUCUUUACAAAGCAGGAAGAUUGCUGUUAGACAGUAGUGUGCCAUAUGGAGCUAUAUUUGGUGGAACUGACGUUAAUGAAGAUAUCAAGGAUGCAAAGAAACAUGAAAUCAUGGGGACUAUCGUGCAGAAAGCUAGGUUCCUGGUGGCUUUCACAGACCAGUUGAAGAAAACAGCAGAGCUUCAUUGGCCAUUAGCUGGAAGCAAGGUUCAUGUGCAGCCUCAAGGUGUGGUGACUAAGCCUUGUGUAAAAUUUAACUGGGGGGAGUUCCUUCAAAAUUCAGGGAUUCAGUUCACGAGUAGUGAUCCAUACAUCUUCCUUUUGGUAUGUGGACUUCGACGAGUUAAAGAUCCACUCUACUUGGUAGAUGCUUUCUCAGCUUGGCAUGAAAGGGAACCAUGUGUUCAUUUGAUUAUUAUUGGACCCGAGGUUGAUGCAGUGUUUGCACAACAGGUGAAGGCUAAGGUCAAGGGUGCUCACGGGGUCUAUUUAGUUUCAGAAAAACCCCAGACUGAGCUGCAUGCUGCUAUGAGGGAUUCCUUUGCUGUAGUAAACAGCUCCAUCUCUGAAGGGAUGUCUGCUACAAUUCUAGAGGCAAUGGACCUUAAAGUUCCAGUGCUGGCUAGGAAUAUACCCGGCAACAGAGCAAUAGUAAACCAUGAACACACGGGCCUUCUCUACUCUCAUCCACAGGAAUUUGUUGAAUUAUCAAAAAGACUGAUGAGUGAUAGUGGUUUGAAGAGGAGCAUCGUGACUAAAGCCAAGGAGUAUGUGGAGAAACAUCAUUCCAGGAACUCUGAGAGGAAGACUUAUCAAGAACUUGUCAGUGAACUGCUUUAAGUGACACUGGUCAGAUUGAUAUUUGAGUGCAGUUCUUUAGAUUUGCUGCUUUGGUACAUCACAACUAGAGAAGGAGGCGUUUGUAAUUAAUGAAUAUUUAUAGAGGGAUGAGAAUAGUUUUUAAAGAAAUAUAAUUUUUUAUGUAUAAUUGUUGAUCAAGUGAAAUACAUGAUAGUUUACUCCUGAUUUAUGACAAUAUGGCUUGUGUGGCUGGUUGAUCCUAAACUUGUCCAUCCAGCUUACCACACAAAUUUUAUUUGUUUUUCUAAUCUCUGAGGUAUUAAGAUAUAAAUUUGGUAGUGAGAUAUUGUGUCGUACCAAACAAAUAUGGUCAGCCAGUGGUGUAGUGACAUCCACACUGGACUUCAAGAUGAGUGGCCCCAGGUUCGAAUCUGGCUGGUUCCUUGCAUGCUUUCCAUCCGUGUUGGGUUGAGAGUCGAGCUCGCCACUUGGCCUCAAAAAUACACACAAAAAUGCAAAAGAAACAUUGAGGUUGCCACCCGAUGUUCCACAAGGUGCAGAAGGGAAUAACAACCAAUCAAAUAAGCCCCAAGUUGUGCUUCCUUGAGUCAGUCACAUUGUCCUGACCUUUGUACAGUUUAAUAAUUCAAACCACAGUGUUUAGUACUAGAAGUUAUCACAAUCUGAUUUUUUUACAAAUGAUUUUUAAGUCAACAUCAAGGGUAAUCUGUGCAAGUUUACUUUCCAAUACACUUUGGAAGAGGAGAAAAUAAUAUUUUUAAAUACAAUUGUUAAUCAUGUCAGGACAGUUUUAGCAUCAAGAGUGUGUCGCUGCACAGUGAUAGUGCAGUUUAGAAAUCCUGUAUCACUACCAGUAGUCUCAGUCGUCAAGAAUCUCCUGAAGAUGAGUUAUAUCCCUCAAAUUCUUCAUUUAUUUUCAAUUAUAAAUCAGUUCCCAGAUUAAAGGAAAUAAUGUAUAAAUUGAAUUAUAACUAAGCUGCAAAUGACCAGUGGAGAGAAGAUGGGUCUGAAAAGGAUCUUAUCCAAAGUAUGACUAUAUCUCUUCACUCGGCAAUUGCUAGAUAAAGAAUGUAUUUCUAACUAUAUAUUUUGGUCCAUAUUUUUGGCCUUGCAAUAGAUCCUGACUGAAUGAUUUUCUGUAGCAUCUAUAAGUCAGAGAUUUGUAGGUUUAUACUCACCUUUGUGUCCAUCAUUUCAUUAUCUGAUCACAUUUUGUUUUAUUUGCACAACUCGACAGUUACUAUAAAUUAAUGUGAGUGGGAAGCAUAUUAUUCAGUCAAUAUUACUGCAGUAAGAGGGAAGGGUGUUUCUGAAAUUUCUUUUGAAGAAUUGCUGCAAGCCCUAAAACAUGUCAUAGACAAUAUUUAUCCGAUGAGAUUCAACUCCCUUACUGCCGUUUUCAACACUGUAACUGCAGGUUUGCCCUGUGUGUGCUCCCAAAUAAGUCAGUGCAAAGGGAAUAAUGUAAUCCAUAUUUAAGAGUUGAAAAGCUCAUCAUUUAUUUGCAGCGUAGAUUUGACUGCAAGUACCUGAUGUCUCUGUUUGGUGCAGAUCUGCAAACUAGAUUGGAAACAUUGGAAAUCUUAGUCUGUGAUGGAGAUUACUUUCAUAUAAACUGUGGGUGACUAGUUUUAGAUUGAACCAUUGUGAUAGAAAUUAAGUCAGAUGAGCUGGUGAUCAUUAUGUUUGUAGCAUGAAUACUUACGAGGUGCACCUGCAUUCUUUAAAAUAACAUGCAAGUGACGUCCUCUGAUAAAAGGUAUACCAUCUGUUCUCGAUGUGGGCGUUCACAUUCAGAAAAUUUAUUGCAUCGCUGUAAAUAAUAUGUGGAUUGGACAAGGUAAAAAUAUGGUAUAUUCAUCUGAAUUAUCUUCAUGUAUUUGCGUUUGAUUUUCAAAUUUGAACAAAAUUAUAUGCUUUAUUUUUAUACUGGGAAUUGUGGUUUAAAUCGUGCCUUUCUCUUUGUUUUAUAAUGAAAACUGGGAAUAUUAAUCAGUAAAGUGUUCUUGAAUUCAAUUGUUCCCCAACUGUUUUUGUCACUAUUAAAAUUUGAUAAUGACUGGGUUCUUUUAAUGAGCAGGAACCAUGUUGUAAAAUGCCCCUUUUUCAAUGCUGUGUCAUGCUCUUCUUCUGUGAUAAUUCAAUUAUUAAAUGUAGGUCAGAUGCAGACAGUGCAAUUAAUGGUCUCCUGUUAGGGGAAGUUGCCUUGUAUUCCCAAAAUUCCAUCAAAAUGAUGCAUUUCUUUUGCAGUUUUUUAGUAACAGAUAAUGACCCAAAAUUUCCAGUAAUAAUUCAUCGAUAUGCACCGUAAAUCAUGCUGUUCCAUAAGACAAACUUGGCAUUGAAACAUAUUCACAUUUCCUUUUUCUGGAAAUGUGGAUAUCCUGUAAUGACUAAUACAGCAAGACUCAACUUGCAAGUCAACCUUUAGGGAAUCCUGCACAAGGACUCCAAAGUCUCUUUGCACCUCUGAUUUUUGAAUUUUCUCCUUGUUUAGAAAAUAGUCUACAUCAGUACUCCUUCUGCCUAAGUGCAUGACUAUACACUUCCCUACACUGUAUUCCAUUGACCACUUCUUUGCCAAUUUUCUCAAUCUAAGUCCUUCUGCACACUCCCUCUUUCUCAACGCAAUCUGCCCCUCCAUCGUAUUGUCUGCAGCUUAGCCACAAAGCCAUUAAUUCCAUCAUUCAAAUCAUUUACAUAAAAUAUGAAGAGAAGCCCUGUGGAACACUACUAGUCACCAGCAGCCAACCAGAAAAGGCUCCCGUUAUUCCCUCUCUUUGCUUCCUGCUAGUGAUCCAUUCUAGGAUCUUUCCUGUGAUACCAUGUGCUCUUAAUUUGUUUAGCAAUCUCAUGUGAGGCACCUUGUCAAAAGUUAUCGGAAAAUCCCAGAAAACAACAUAACUGACUCUCCUUUGUCUAUCCUGCCUGUUAUUUCCUUAUAGAAUUCCAAAAGAUUUGUCAGGCAAGGUUCCCCCUUAAGGAAAUCAGGGUGAAUCAGGUACAAGAAAGAGAAUGUGCAGGAUUACUAAUAUAAAAAUGAAAAAGUUAUAGACGUAAUCAACAGUUUUGUCAGUUGUUAGGUGCUUUCUACAUUACACGAUCCUAUUUAAAUCAGUUGCUUGGAAGAUAAGUUGGUAACUUAUUACACCAAAAAUUGUCACAGUAAAAAUGCUAUCACUUUGAUCAAUGGCAUGCACAAGAUCAUCAGUGCGCUAUGUUGCACACAAUAUACUCACAGUGACAAAGUGUUUUGAUGGGAUUGGCUGGAAAUAUAUCAAGAGCACAUAAAAUUUAUUUUAUUUACCUAUUUUUGAACACAUGAAUUUAAGUACAUCCAUGGGUCAAUUAAAUUGAUUAAUGGUUUUACACAAUAAUAACUUUUGAUGAUGAAAUGCCCCAGUCUGUUUACAUUUCAUAGGCUUAUUUGUCCAUGCUGCAGCAAUGAAGAUAUUGCUUUCUCUCUGUUACUUUUGUCAUUGUUUUAUAAUCCUGUGCAGUGGGAACGCAGGUAGCCCAUUUAGUCCCUCAGUUGCUCUGCCAUUUAUGAACUUUAGGCAUAGAGUGAUACAGCACAAAACCAUACCCUUCACCCCAUCACCCCAACCAGUAAGAAUCUAGACCUGGAGUUCCUAACCAUUUUUAUGCCAUGGACCCCCUACCAUUAACUGUGGAGUCUGUGGACUGCAUUCUAGACUAAUCCCAUUACUUGGGCUGCAGCCUUCUAUGUCUCGGUGAGAUGUGUACUAUCGAGAACAGGGGUGGCCAACCUUUUCCAUUCCAUGCAUCAGUUUUUUCACGCAUGAGUUCAGAUGCGCCAUACAACUCUUGUACCCCCAUUCAAUUCUUGUAAAACUAUGUUAAUAUAGACAUAUUUAGCAUUUUACAUGAUGCAUUGAUUUAAUAUAAGAACAAGAUAAACAUUACUUACCUUAAUGAGACUUUUAACAAAUAUAUUUUGUCUUCUUUUGACUGCUUCCUUUUUGUUAAUCACAUAUUCUUUCCACAACUCAGACCCAAGCACUAGCUUCGUUUUUCCUUCUAUUUCAGUCUGAUAUUGUGCUUUAUAGUGUCAAUUAAGAUCAUGACUUCCAUUAUGUGAGGAAGUGUUUUCACAAACAAUGCACAACGGUUUUCCUGACGGACCCGCUAUAAAUAAGAACUCAUUUUCCAACUGUUCAUUGCGCCAUUUCUAAUCAUACACCACAGGUUGGCCAUCCCUGAUCUAGAAGCUUAAGAUGUUAUGAGAUUAUCUGCUUCCAUCUCCUGUGAGACAGUACAUUUCAGAUCUCAGUUAGCCUCCAGGUCAAAAAAUUAUUCCUCAAAUCUGCCCAUUUCCUUCCUCUUACAUUAAACAUACACCUUCUAGCUCUGCUACGAGGAAAAGUAUUUUAUACUCCACCUUAUCUGUGCCCCUCCUAAUUUUGUGUGGCUCAGUUUACCCUUCCGCUUUCUCCUUAUCAACAAACUCUACUGACCCAGGCCCUCUUCAUAAUGAAAAUCCUCCAUCCCAAGCAACAUUUCAGUAAAACUCCUCUGCAUUCUCUCCUGUGCAUCCUGUGAUGGGCUCAUCAAAACUAUAUACCUCUGUGGACUAACCUAUGCCUUAUGUAUUAUCAUGGUGCUCUUGUAUUUUACAUCCUAGCUCAUGAAGGCAAGUGUCCUGUUUGCUGCCCUCAGCAGCGUAUGUUGCCUCUCUCAGAAAUACUUGAAUCCCUCUCUUUCAAAAUAUUCCUUAGGACACCACCCCAGGGGGUAUCUUCCUACUUAAUUAAAACUCCCAAAAUGCAUUGCCAUACUCAGGUUAAAUUCCUGACCCUAUAUACCUAUUAUCCAUUGAUAUCUUUGGUUAUCAAAAUUCCUUUAUCAACUAUAGAUUUAGAGUAAACAGUUGGCCUAACAAUUGCAAUAAUGAGUAACCAACGGUUCCGUGGAGAUUUACUGUGUGACAAUAAUGCACAAGUUGGUGUGGCUCUUGACUUCCUCACCUGUCCAUUGUAAAACAAAAGUCUCAAAUGUGGUGAUGCUCAGGCACUAGUCCAUCCACUUCCGCACCCCACCACUGAAUUUGACAAAGUCCAGGGCAGAAUAUUGAACUGAAGGGCUGGAUAACUUUCUAACCAGCCCCUCAGUGUAGGGCAACCUUAUUGCUGAAUGAGAACACCAUUCAGGACUGAAGCAAUAAAUGGAUUAAUUUUCUCUAAUCCUCAUGUUAAUUAAUUUCUGUAAUUGUGUUUAAGUAAGUUUAUUUUUGAUGACUUUGUUUCUUUAGUUGUUUCAAAUGACUUUUAUAGAGCAAUGGAUUUUUGACAUAUUUAAAUGUCUACUGCAAUAAAUUAUUACUGCAAUACUG